AUGUUAUUCUCCAGUAAAAAGAAAACCACCCUCAAAUUGCAGAUAUCCGCCCCUCCUGGCAGAAGUUACUACACCAACAACGACAUCAUAUCGGGAACAGUAUCCCUCCAGGUCCCCAAUUCAAUAUCUAUCGACACUUUGAAGGUCACCUUAUACGGUAUUUGUACCUCCUCCACUCCAGACGCAUUAGGGACAUCCACCUUCAACGUCGCAGAAUCCCACCACUCUUUAAAAGUCCAGGAGGUCCUAAUCGCCAGCAAACAAUUAUCUACAGGAAGUUACUCUUUCAAAUUCAAUACCCGUAUCCCUGGCCACGAUCUAAAGUUACUCUGCCAUUCAAAAUGUCAUAUGGGAAGUUCCAAUGAUGAAGCAGGACUUCCUCCAUCUUACAAGUUCAGUGGAUUAAAGUCUGACCUUGAUAUCCGGUACGGUGUGAGAGCCUUCUUGGAAGGGAAAAGCGUCAAAGACAAUAUCAUCGACUUCCAAACCAUCGAAUUCAUCCCAUCUUCGUUGUUCACUGCUUUUAAAAUUCCACACUCUCCCGAACUUGUCGAAUCGAGUAGACAAAACCCACUUGAAUACACUUUCAAAUUAUCUUCCCCAGCAAAGGACAAUCACAUUCCAGCACCAGGAGGAGUGUUGGGGUUCUUGCCACCCAAAUCCCCAGCUGACCUGAGCUUUAAAUUCAGAAAUGCUCCUGCUAUUAAUAGACCCAAUUCGGUGUCGUCAUCCCCUACAGAUUCUCUAUACAGAAGCGAAUCCUUGACCAGUUAUAACUCUAGCUCAUCAUCUUUGCAGACUUCAGUAAAUAGUGGGCCAAACCACGGAGUGAACACAAUGAGAACGCUCCUCGGUAUCAAAGAAAAAUAUGAUUACGAAGUUCCCCUCUCGAUAUCGUUGAUCUUCCAUCAAGACGUUUACAAAGAUUUCCAUGAACGAGGGGUGUUGAAGCAUCAAGGAUACUUGUCCCAACAUAUGAGAAUUAUUCUAUCAUCAUCAUUAUCCCCAACAAAUCUAUUCAACGACAUUUCUACCCAUAUGGCUGAGCAAAAAGAAGGAUUGAGUCACCUUUGUCUCGAAUCUUUGGUAAUCAAGUUGGCCAAGGUUACAAAAAGUAAAACCCCAAACAAUAUCAGCGUCGAGCAAGAAGAAGUUGAGCUCUUAAACUUGCGGAAAUUACUGUACGAUAUCGACAUCUUGCAAUUCAAAAAAAUCACCAAAGAAUGCCGUACCACUUACCAAUACGAAUUGAACCCUGAUAUUUUCAAUUGUCGUAUCGAAUCUGAUAUCCCAUCUUUCAAGUUCUGUAAUGGUGAAAGAGAGUAUCAAUUGAAGGUCAGUGGUGAUUUACGCUCGAUUGGUUGUCAAACAAACAAAAAGUUUAAUAUGAACGCUGAUAUCGUCAUAUUGGCUUAG